AUGUCUAUUUAUUCAUUAAUCCGUUUGUGUUUUGAAUGGCAAGAACUUUCACUUUUUUUUUUUUCUUCUUGUUGCUUUGCUUCUUUAUUUUUAUUUUUAUUUUUUAUUUUUAUUUAUUUAUUUAUUUUAGGUGUUUUGGCUCGUACACUUGGAAACAGGCUUGUGUGGGUUGUUUUCUUACGUGCUGCAGUCAUGCGGGCGAUGAUCCCACCGGAUCUACGCGCUCUGGCGCGUGUGCUGAACGAUGUCGACAGCAUGCAGGUUUCCGAGCUCUUUACGCCUGUUGGCCCCAAUCUGCCCGUGCAUGAACUUGAAAUGCUGCUGGAGGAGAUCAACGGUGCCCCUCUUUCCGCGAAGGAAUUUCGUCAGUUUCAGAUGGCCAUCAUGGAGGAAAGGCAUCACUUGCGUGGUGUGGAUCUGACGACUGUGGCAGAGUCCCAGGUGGGCUCUGCGCUCUCUCUCACCUCGCGUCUGGAUGCCACCUGCACGGAGGCGAAAGUUCCACUGGCACAUGUAUUUCCUCAAAUGAAGGAGGCGCACAACUUUUUUCUUGGCAUUACGUCCUUCAAGUGCUCCGUGAAGCAAGCCCCUGUGUUUUACCGCCUUUCCGGCGCAUUGUGUUCCCUGCUGCUUUGCGCACUGGAAGAGCUGCAGCGUUACAUGGAUGAAAUGGCGCCCUCGACUUCGAAGGGUGGUGGAUCAAAAUUACGAGCCGAAGGCCAGAAGUACUUGGAGGGUGGAGGGGAGGAGGACACGAUGCCGUGGUUAAAUGAGGGGGCGCAUCUCCCUGCUGAGUUGGAAUGUAUCCUUGCGGAUAUCGAUGGCGGUGUCGGUUUUCACUUGGCGCAUCUGCGCUGGUACUUGGAGGUGUCUCAGCAAAACACCUACUUUGACUCAGGCGCGUAUUUGGGGGAUGUUUCCGUACGGAAGAUUUGGAAUGCAUAUGUGGGGAAAGAGAAACCGGCGUGUUUUGCAGACACCUUUUCCCCUGCGCUUCAGUUCUUUCCGGAAUGGUCCCGUGUGGCCAUUAUGAAGGUGGUGAACUACAGGGAAUGCGGUGUAGUCUCCCUCUAUACCCUGAAACGCCUUCUGAGCGUGUGGGGUCCUUUUCUCCUUCUGGAUCGCAACAUGAGGGACGUCAUGCAGGUUGGGCUGUUUGAACUUGAGCAUUCGUUGGAGUAUCACAAAAAGGCGUUUGCACGUCGAGCGGAUGCGCAGGAGGGGGACUGCCUGGCAACGCUCACGGACAUCCCAGGCGAGGUUGUGGCACUCGUCCUUCGACGCCAGUCGAAAAAACAGGCACGCGCUGAUGGUGAGAAUGGCCUGGCGACGCGGACGAUACGAUUCACCCAAGAAACCGGUGCGUGGGUGGCAAAGGGACUGUCGGGGGCGGAGUACGAAACCGUCUACGACGCGUUUUGUGCCUUCCCAGAGUUGUUCCGUCGGCCGUGUGGGAAAUGCUACCAACUCGAGGAGAGUUCAGAGGGAGAUGUCCAGUGGGGUGAAUUCAGCGGUGCCGUGACAAACACCGCCUCGGGCCUGAACCGCGCCUGUUUUCGAAACAAUAGUCGUUAUGUGAAGACCCUUUUGGAGCGGGGGUCUGCCUUGGUGGUGAACAGCGCAUCGUCGGAUCCGGCGAUAUCAACGCAGUUUGCAUGGACACCGUUGUUAUGUGCUGUGAACAAUCCCAACAGUGACCCCGGGGAUGUUGUACGGAUGCUGCUGGAGGCUGGCGCGGAUGCGGAAUUGUGCGACGAUGCGCAAUGUACGGCGUUGUACUAUGCCAUCUGCAACGGCUACGUGGAUGCCGCCCGCGUGCUGCUGGAGCACUUGCCGCAACUUUGCACAUCUCGUUCGUCUGUGCCGUUACUCGUUGCUCUUGGGGCGCAUCAUUUUCACGCGCGCGAGAGUGACAUCCGUCGUCUCUGCGAUUACAUUCCAUCGGUUGACAUGCUACGAGUACUUCUGCCGUACCAAACAAGUCUGCCUCUUCUGCGUCUUUGCGUUGAGAUCAUCAGGGGCAAACUCCGCGGCGAGGAGCGUUUGCGGCAGCCAACCGAUGACACUUCCAUUUGGUGCCCCGACGGUGAGUUGGAGCUUCGGACGCCAGAAGAAGAAAAGUUCCUCUUGGACAUCAUUGCGCACAACAGCAGGCUUUGCCAGCAGUUUCGCGAGGACGUCUCGUCUGCCGCACGGCUUUUGUACAACCACUGCUACUUUCUCUCAUGCAGGGAGGCCUUCAAUCAGAACCCGGUGGACGACCAGGCUUCUUCACAAUGUGUGGAAAGCGCACCCGCACAAAAAAGCAGUUGA